UUAGAUGGAGAAAGAGAAAAUCUCUAUAACGCCUCAAAUGCUACGUACAGCUGUAAAAGAGUUACAAAAACGUCAAAUAUUUGUUAAAUCGAAAAAUUUAAAAGAUUUUAUACAAAGACAUUAUCCAGUUGAUAAAAAUUUCGAAGCUCUCGAGCAAGAAUUGCAGGAAAAAUUGAAAUAUGCUGUUUGUGUCGGACUUGUCGCCAAACACGGAGACGAUCAAUAUUAUAUACCGACUUUACGAGAGGAGGCUAAUACUGCCAAAACAGCUAUCAGCGCAUUCUGGGAAAUAUAUAAGAAUAAUAACCGAUUACGUAACGUGAGAAAAAAGAAAAAGACCGAUGUUAAGCGAUCAAUGCCACGCCAGAAACGAAAGGAUUAUGCAAGUUCUUCUAAUACCGAUGAAACUAACAGCAGUGAGGAUAUAUAGAUUUUUUUUCUUGUAAAAAUUAAACAUCGAGAGAGAGAGAUGUUAAAUCAUUUUAUAUCCUAUUGUAAUAGAUCCAAUACAUAUACAUUGUUUAUAUAUUAUGUAUCAAUAGACAA